AUGCCACGUGUUGUUUCCUCGGAGAACAGUGAUAUAUGUCCUGUCGGAUCACCUUCCCUCGCCGAGUUGUUAAAAGACUGCGAUAGUUUCCGGAAGGAAGAUUUUGGCAACCGAGCCGGAAGCGAAGAUCCUGCUCAUUACACGAUAGAUGUCGAAGCCUUACACGUAGAACCAGUACCGUUCGUCUUAGCCUUUAACAAUCUUGAAUAUGAUGUCACACUUCGCCGAGGGAUUGGUUUCUCACGAAAAAGCUCUGUGAAAAAGACUCUACUCGCUGAUGUUUCCGGUGAGGUUUGUGACGGCGAGGUUCUUGCCGUUCUUGGUGCAAGCGGAGCAGGGAAGUCCACUUUGAUCGACGCGUUAGCAGGGAGGGUUGCGGAGACGAGCUUGAGAGGCUCAGUAACACUUAACGGAGAGAAGAUUUUGCAAUCUCGGUUGUUGAAAGUGAUAUCAGCGUAUGUGAUGCAAGAUGAUCUUCUUUUCCCAAUGCUUACCGUUAAAGAAACCCUAGUUUUCGCUUCGGAGUUUCGUCUCCCAAGAACCUUGUCCAAAUCCAAGAAGAUGGAACGUGUUGAAACCCUAAUUGACCAAUUAGGGCUCAGAAACGCGGUGGAUACUGUGAUCGGAGAUGAAGGACACCGUGGAGUCUCUGGUGGAGAGAGACGCCGUGUUUCAAUAGGGAUCGAUAUUAUCCAUGAUCCGAUCGUUUUGUUUCUUGACGAACCUACGUCGGGGCUGGACUCAACCAACGCUUUUAUGGUGGUGCAAGUUCUUAAACGAAUAGCUAGGAGUGGGAGUAUUGUGAUUAUGUCUAUCCAUCAACCUAGUGCUCGUAUUAUAGAUUUUCUUGAUCGUCUCAUCUUCUUGUCUCGCGGCAAGAAUGUGUUCAACGGAUCUCCAACGAGUCUACCUCGAUUCUUCAAUGAGUUUGGUCAUCCCAUCCCUGAGAAAGAGAACAUCACGGAGUUCGCACUUGAUUUGAUUCGACAACUCGAAGGAUCCAAUGAAGGAACCAAAGAGUUAGUAGAAUUCAACGAAAAGUGGCAGCAGGACAAGCUCAAACUCAGCCAAUCCGCUCGGGCCACCCCACAAACCACGUCUCACCCAGGCUUAUCUUUAAAAGAAUCAAUCAAU